AUGGACCAGAGUUUGUGGGAUGCUGCUCAGCAUGGAAGCAUCGAUGCCUUGUACGCAUUGAUACAAAGGGAUCCAAAUGUUUUGGAUAGAAUCGAUGACAUUCCAUUUGUUGAGACUCCUUUACACACAGUUGCAUCUGCUGGGCACACCCGGUUUGCCAUGGAGAUCAUGAGGUUAAAGCCCUCAUUUGCUAGGAAGCUUAACCAAGAUGGUUUUACUCCCUUGCACCUUGCUUUGCAAAAGCUCCAUCCACUUGAAAAUGAGUCAAAUGACAACCAAGUUUUACUUGAAAAUGAGUCAAAUGACGACCAAGCUUUGCAAAAUAACCAUACCCAAUUGGCAUACCGACUAGUUUCUGUUGAUAAAGACCUUGUCCGGGUCCAAGGAAGGGAGGGUGUGACUCCUUUGCAUUACGUUGCUCAAAUAGGAAAUCUUGACCUUUUGUCCAAAUUUCUAGAAGAUUGUCCCACGUCUGUACAAGAUGUAACAAUUAGAGGAGAGACUGUUUUUCAUAUCGCCUUGAAGUACAACAAUCUACAUGCUUUGAAGUACCUUAUAAAAUGGAUUCAGUCUGCCACCAAUGAAUAUGCUUCAUCCUGGGAAAAGAAAUUGCUGAACUGGGAGGACGAGGAAGGCAACACUGUAUUGCACAUUGCUGUAUCCAAAAAUCAACCCCAGGUCGUGAGGCAGUUAUUGAAUGCUGGAGUUCAUAUAAACCGUAAGAAUUUAUGGGGUUUUACAGCUUUAGACAUCUGCUUCCAAGACGGCAACAAUGAGAGAUCGAUGAAGUGUAUGUUAUGUUGUGCAGGAGCUUUAAGAGCUUCUUCUCUUGCUACAGUUAAAUCUUGUGAAGCUCUCCUCAAAUCUCAUUGCCUAAUUUACUCGACUUAUAAAAAGUUACUGAUAUGGAGGUUGCGUCAACAAAAGAAGAUAACAAAUGACUUGCGCAAUAUGUUGUUGGUGAUUGUGGUGUUGUUCAUAACAGCAACAUACCAAACCGCACUCAGCCCUCCCGGAGGAGUUUGGCAAGAUAACUACAAUCCUCCAACUGAUGAUCAGUUCAAUAGCACAAUAUUCCCGAUCAUCCCGAACAACGUUACUAGUGACCUUAGUCCUACCCCACACAGGGUAGGGACAGUAACCAUGAAAAACAAUUACUUUACGCUACUCACUGGUACUAAUGCUGCUUGCUUUGUUCUAUCAGCUUUCAUAAUACUCCCCCUCCUCCUCCCGUUAGAAACGAUUAGUUUUUUGUGUUUCUCACCCAUGAUAUUCCUCUUUGUGUCCUAUGUGAUUUCAAAUGCCGUCAUAUAUCCAUUUGGACCAAUUGACUGGAUUCAUUUUUAA